AUGCUAAUUGAUAAAGGAGCAGAUGUUAAUUUCCAAGAAAGGCAAGAUCGACGAACUGCUCUGAUGUAUGCGUGCAUUGAGGAUGAUCGCACCGAAGAAGGCUUAAUUAUUGCAAAAGUUGAAAGCUGCAGUUUAGGUGCACAAGACAGACUUGGAAACACAGCACUGAUGUAUGCAGCGAUGAAAGGAAGAGAUGAGCUGAUGAGCUGUUUGGUGGAUAAACUUUCUAAGGGAUGGGGUUUAGCAGCAAUACAGCUGAAAAACUGCAUGGGUUAUACAGCUGAAGAUCUGGCAAUCCGAAAUAAAAAUCAUCGCUGCGCGAGAAUGGUACAAAAGCAGCAUCUGCACAUGUUGGCAUGCUUGAAUCGCCAAAUGGGGAUGACUGGAGAAGUGUCAUGCCGACCUUGGAGCGUCUUCACUACAAUUUAUAAAUGCAUCGAAAAAUGGAAACCCUCGCAACGCAGAAAAUCAGAAGAAUCACUUUUGGUGCUAAAAGCACAAACAAAGCCGAUGAGCAGAAAGAAUUCUUUGUAA